GUGUGUUGGUGCAUCCAUGCCCUAUAUUUGGAUAUACAGGCUAUAAAAAGCCUCGGAACAAACAACCUCCUGCAGGACUCAGAUCCCCUGUCCCUGCUGUUGCUGCCGGCUACGGGAGAGGAGCGAGCCCGCUCCGGCUUUCAUUCCCUCUCUUGGUGUGCUCCAGGAAGAUGGCGAAAGCCAGCAUCUCCCUGCGCUCCCUGAACGAGACGCUGAACAGUGAAAAGGAUCCCUGCCAAGAGUAUCACAGCUGAUGGGAUGCAGUACUUCUGCUCAGGAAAUGCAUGAUUAUGUGUUGACAGACAGACAGCUGACAGACUUGGAAAGAAACUGCUCCUCUUGUCGAGGUACUGCUCAUACUGUUGGUUCACCCACAGCCUUUAUGACUUUGAGUCACACGAUGGUGAACACAAAAGUAGCUAUUGGAGACUUGACCAGAGGGAAAAACGAUGAAACAACUCCUGAAAGGAAAAAGUGAAAAUUAAUUCUGUGGGAAACUGCUUGAAGAAGUGUGUGUCUAAUGUACCGUGGAGUGAGAGAACGGGGAGAGCUUGGAGAAGUGUGGGAUGCUGCACUGGCCUGGAAAAUCAAACCCACAGAGUGACAGCUCUAAAAUGUCAUUUUCUGUAAAUGCCUAAAUAGCAGAAGUAAGGUUUCACAUAGAACCACACUUCCAGAGAAUUGGGAAUGCUGGGGCUUCUACUGCAUGGCUUCCAAGUAUAUUCUGUGUGCUAACGAGAGAGGAAUUUUAAAAGUUUUCUGGUAAAGAAUGGGGAUGUGGUUUGUGUGUACACUAGUCAGAGUUAGAGGUCACUGACUGAGUGGUAACUUCACUUACACUAAAGGAAAAAGUGUUCAGCGGUCAUGAUGGAAAUGAAAACAGAAGGUUUAAUCCAUUCUUCCUCUUUUCAUUCCAAACGCAGAUCAAGAGGCAGUAGCACUCUAUCAGAAUUCACUUACAGCUGUGGGAGUUCACUGUGGAUCUACCGUGGUAUAACUGAACAGACAUUUUUAGAUCCAAAAUUGGCAAAUGCUGAAAUAUUUGUUGCAGGUGCUUAAAAUACAGAAGAAUAAUUUACAGACAGGCAAUUAAAAAUGUUUGAGAGACAAAACUGGUCAAAUAGUUAAGCAAGGCUGCUGAGAAACUACUGCUGCACUGAGAGUAGCGUUAGUGAUGAGAUCUUAGAUAACUUCACUCUUACUUGUAGAGGAGGAAGUUGGAGAAUGGGCUGUGAGGAAGCUUAUUUACCAUGAUAAGAAGCUGCAAACCAGCAAUUCACCGGCAAGAACACUCAUUAUCUGACAACCCAGCUCUGAAAGUCAUUCACAGCAAACUCCAACUCGCCUCACCUCAGCUUCUGCACUUGCUCUCUCUGUGCCGACAGAUUCGAUCCGAUUAUGACACAUCAAUCCUUCCAGCUCUUCUGAACUCCCCACAUUUCGACAUGACACCAGCUUAGUUUUCCAAUUAAAGUUCUAUUUUCGUCCCAAAAUUCUUGCCGAAGCAAGAGGAGUCCUACAACAGUAAGAGGAACUUCAACCAGGGUGCAGAGGAAGCCUCUAGCCCCAGGGAACAACAGAAAAUCCUUAGACAAGGAUCUGCACAAGCGGCCAGACAAUGAAUUAAGGUCGGGGAUACUUAGUAAAAUAUGCCACUGUUGAAGGCUUUUUAUUUUCUCCUCAUUCAGGUCAGCAGCAGACAGAAUCCAAAGUAGGGUUUGGUUUGGAGAAGGGGGAGGCAGGAAUAGAGACAGGCAGGGAGAGGGAGGAGCUGCUGAUAGGAAAAAAUGGCAUUUUUGGUCCAUCUCUUAUAACACCAGGCAUUAAAAUACCGUGGGAUACAUGUCAAAGAAUGGAAAAAUGUUUGAAGGGUUUUGUUUUGGCUUUUUAUCUUUUAAUGUCAUCACCAGCUGCUGUGUAUUUUGUCCUUACAAAAAGUUCAUCCAAAGAUCCAGAUAAUAGAGUGUUUAACACAGGUAGGUCACAGAAGCAGUGGAGCAAACUAGGAAUGAAAAAAGAUAAGGAAAAAUAUGUAGGUAAUAAUAUUUGCUGAUAGUGUAGUUAUUGUUAGCUGAUGCAGCCUGAAGUUUUGCCAGUAAAAUAAAGAGGAAAAUCACAAAAAAUUUUGUAAGGAGUAGGUGAUGCUCUGCUAGUGAAUUGCUACUGACCACCUAGAACUGAGUAGUUCAGUACUUAGGAAGGGACUUUGAAUGAUUUAUAUUAGCUUUCAGAUCCUCAGGAUUCUCAAUAACACACCUUGAUGUCAAUCAGGUAACAGGAAAAUGUGAAGAAAACUGUCUUUAUAAAAACGACCCACAGUGACAGAAGCCCAGCACACCCUGUGUCUCCAGGAAAGGGAGAUAUGAGUACAAAAAUAAAUAGUAGCAUUCCCUCGUACCUUGUCUCAACACAGCAAGUUCUUUUAAACCAGGCAGUUUUCUUCGGCAAAAGUGGAGUGGCUUAAAACUCAAAACCUCAUCUUUAUAAUUUACGAUUUUAAAUAGGGAAAAACACAACAGAUAGCAAAUAAUGAAAAAAGCAGUUAAUAAAUACAAGCUGUGAAGUCGUUUUUAUCACAGUUGUUCCAUGGAAGGACGGUCCUAUUAAAAAAAAACCAAAACAACAACACUGCAGGUGGCUUUAUUAUUUGCAUAAUUUUUAACCAGAGGAGUAAUGAGAAGUUCUGCUCAAUGUUAAAUGAAAAUGGUUCAAAAGACCAUGACAUUACAAAUAAAAGCAUAAAUCACCUCAAAAUGUGUUAGAGAAAAACAUACGCCGCCGAUAAUGCAUAUGGUCGAGAGCCACAGAUAUAGCCACAUACUCAUUUUGCAGCUGUAUUUGGAGAUGUCAAGAUCUCUGCACCAGGGAACGGCAAAAAAGACGCGACAACAAACCUUGACUUUUAACGGUGUUUAUUCUCACUAAUCACGGGAGGACCCCCAGAACGGGGUGUGAAGGCGUUCACAAUGCCCUGUCGCGGCAGAAAGCCCCAGAUCCUUCCGAAAUUCCCUUACUGUCGCUUUCCGCCGGCCAGGGUGGAAAGCAGGCUGCAGUGGCUGGAGGCUCGGUUCGCGCAGCUGGACCGCAGCCUGCAGAGCCUGGCGCUGCAGUUCGACCAGCGGGCCGCCAUGCUGCGGGAGGACCUGAGGCGGGAUGUGCCGCGGCCGCCCGCGGCCAGGUGAGCUCAGCCGGGGAACAAAGGCACGGAGCAAAGCCCGGCUCCACGCCGGCCUCGGGCACUGUCCCGGGGCAGGCUGUGCCAGCGCCUCAGCGCCCUCACGGGGAAGGAUUUAUCCCUGACAUCCCGCCUAACGCUGCUCUCCGGCUCUGGGCAGCCAUUCCCGCCCGGCCUAUCGCGACAGCCGAGCCCGCCUUCCCUCUGAGAGCCUCUGUCUCCUAGCAGGCUCGGCGGAGCACCUGGAAGAGGAGCAGGAGGAGACGGGAGAAGAGGAGGUGAAGAAGGAACGAGGGCAGCAGAAGGAGGAGAAAGCGGAGCAGGAGGCGGAGCCCUCAGCCGGACGGCGGGAACGGCCCCAGAGUGAGGGGCGGGGCGCAGCGGGGCCGCCAUUGCGGAGCCGCGGCCUCUCCCGGCCUGCGGAGCGUAUUGCUGGGCCAAGUGGAAAAAUCGUGUGAGGAGACAGAUGACCCCCACAGUUUCAAGUCAUACAAAAAGGCCCUGAUGUUGUCCUGAGUGCUGUUCCUCUACCUCGAGUCAGUAUGUCGAAGAAAUCCAAGGCCCCGCUUUCCUUGUCCGACUGCCUCUGCCAAAUUUGCAUGGAGAUCUUUGUGGAGCCUGUCACGCUGCCGUGCAGCCAUACCCUGUGUAAUUCCUGCUUCCAGAUGACGGUGGAAAAGGCCAGCCUUUCGUGCCCCUUUUGUAGGCGUCGAGUCUCUUCCUGGGCACGCUACAAUACCCGCAGAAAUACUCUGAUCAACUGGGAGCUCUGGGAGAAGAUUCAGAAGAAUUACCCCGAGGAGUGCGAGCGCAGGAUGAACGGACAGGAUUUGGACGAGGAAAUCUGUGUCCCCAAGCCGCAGCACCAGCUGAGCAAGCCUGGGGAGCUGAGGCAGGAAUAUGAAGCAGAGAUUAGUAAGGUGGAGGCAGAAAGGCGAGCGCACGAACAGGAGGAGAACAAAGCGAGUGAGGAGUACAUCCAGCGGCUGCUGGCAGAGGAGGAGGAGGAGCACAGGCUGGCACAAGAGAGACGGAAGGAGAUGGAGAAGCAGCUGAAACAAGAUGAAGAGCUGGCCUGGCAGCUCAGUAACAGUCUGAAUGAGGAUCCUGAGGGACACGUGCCCGGCAGCCCGUCACCAGCACACAGCCUCUCCCUUCAGACAUCCCCGCUGAACCUGAGCAAGGCAAGGAACAAACCAAGCAACUCUGGAGACAUUCAGAAGUAUCUGUCUCCAAAGAAUUAUGGUAUGUUAGGAUCAGCAUCGUUCUCCAGUACCACAGGAAGAGGCGGGAGCAACUCUGUCUCUGGGGAGACCAACAGCAAUGAAGGCAGCAGAUCUGCAGUGCAGGAUGAGCAAGAGGAAAUGCCAACCCUGUCUCCACAGCUGACCAGUGUAAAUAAAGAUUCUGGAGCUAAGGAUUCAUUUUUGGAAUCAUGCAUGAACUAUUUCAGCGCCUCAGCUUCAGGUGAAACUGCCACUGUCAAGCAGGAAAAAACACCAGGACCAAACGGUUUAGAAGAUGGAGUUCCAGAUGCACUUCAUGGAACCACAGAAGGGGAAGGGUCUAGGACAGUUCUUCUUAGAUCCAAAGGAGAUGAUGAUGGAAUUGAGUCAGACAGUGGCAAUUUGACACAUGUCCAAAGGGUAAACCUUGAAAAGUCUGAUGAAACUUGUACCUCUGGUCAGUUAGAAAUGAAUUGCGUGAUGUCUCACAGCCAGACUGUGUUGCCUGGUCUGGGGAAGGAGGCUGGACACUCAAAUGAAGAGACACCAGACAGGCCACAGAACUCUAAGGAGACUCCCAAAAGGAAGUUGGUGGAAGCCCCAGCUGAUGGCGUGAUUGACUUGGACAUGCUUGAUAAGAGGAGAAGAACCUUUUCAGAAAGUGUAGAAGACCAAGGAGAGCAGAUGAAUGAUUUUAACUUGCAGACACAAAGAGCCUUUGAGCAGGAGUUCUAUGAAAGGCGCAGGCAGGAGGAGCAGGACAGGCUCUUGGCUCUGCAGCUGCAGAAGGAGCUGGACAAGGAGGACAGGACACUGAACAGACAGAAGGGCUCUCCCGACGAGUAUCUGCUUCGCACCAAACCACCCCGGUCUGGCAAAGACUCCUCUGCCAGGAAGGGAACUUCCAAGGGGGCAAAAGACUCAAAGGGAUCAAAAACCCAGGCUGAAACCAAUCACCACAAGACUCGCAAAGGUUCCUGCAAUGAAAACUGGCAGUCCCCUGCCAGGGUCCGGGUGAAAUCCCCCAGCAUCAAGGAAGGAAAGGUUUUGAAUUGCGUGGUUAAUACCAGUGACACAAAUGAUAUUUGUUCACUGCCUAAGAACAAGCAAAAGACAAUCCUGCAGAUGUUUAAAAGCCCUGUUGCGGAGUAGAUCAGAGCCAUGGACAUGUGGCAGUGGGAGCUGUGGUGAUGCUCUCCUGUGCUGGGCGAAGCUUCCCUAAGCAGUUCUGAGUGGUUGCCUUGGAGGGGAACCACUUUGGGCAGGGGUGCUGUGAGUUCUGAGAAGUUCUAGUAACACACGCCCCCAGAAUGUAACAUUUUUUAAUUGUUCCUUUCUUGAAUCUUAUUUUCUAGCACUUGCAGCACUUCUUGCAGGAAUCGGAGUAUUUCUUAUUUUCUAACUUGCAUUUAUGUGGUUUGGAGUGUGAAUACUGGUAGUGUUGGAAAGCAACGAUAACUGAUGGUCUGAAGAGAACAUGAGAAUCCAAAGCACAUUCCAUGGAGGAAGCAAAUGAAAAACGAGUCUGUAUUCCCAGCUGGCUGUCAGCUGCAAGUUGAAGCUUCCCUCAGCACAACCACUGUUCUGUAAAUUGAAGCACCUUGCUGGAAUUCAAGCUGCUGCUGGAAUUGCAUUGUUGGCACAGCCAUUAACAGGAGUGUAAGCAGACAGCCACUCUUUCCCCCUCAUAUGCUAAGCCCUCCCUUCAACGAAGAGGACAGAAACAGGUCAUUCUCCACUGCCACAGCCGAGGAUCAUUCCUGGAUGCCAAGGCUGUGGGCAUUCACCUCUGUUCACAGAGAUCCCUCCUGCAGAUCUCAUUUUCCCUGCUGUUAAGAACAAGACACUUUUGUUUUCUUGUUGUUAAAAUCCUGUUAAUGGUACAUGUGAAUGUACAAUGGUGUUACUAUACUUAAUGCUGGUUUAUUUUCAUGCUCAGCUAGUUGGAGUGUGAUUAAAACAAUAGUCCAGAAGCCAGUUACGAUGGAGAAAGUAAAGUUAAAAGGGAAAGAAGCAACUGAAGACUGGAGCUGUCAGUAAUGACAUAACUGUAAUUAGAAAUUCACAUAACUGCCCAGCCUGGCUGUAAGUGUUCCCCUCCAUUUUUAGAGGCACUACUAAAUACCGUUCCUGUUGGGUUUAAAGCUAAAAUAACUCAAAGAAGUGCAUAGAUGUGGAGGUGCCAAGGCCUGUAGGAAGUUGAGGCUGGGGAAGAGGCAACCAGAUCCUACUAUGCAGAGGAAGUUUUCUUGCUAAGUGUUUCAUCUGUUGUUUUAUGAAGCCAUAAUUUGACUUUUCUUUGCUCCUUGGGAGCUACUUUUGCACUGUCUAUGUUUAAAAUGGAGCCAAGUGCCAGCUGCAGUGCUGAAGGGUGUGUGCUAGUCAUCAAAGUCAGCAGAUGUUUGAGUUUUGUCCUUUUUUUUGAACACUAUUAAUGACUUUAAUUCUGUUCUAGGACAUUCCUAACAGACUUGUUUCUUCAGCAGCAUCUUCUGAUGGUUUAAGUUUUAAAAAACCAAAUUUCAUGGAAAGCAUGACCACCACACUGAGCCAAAAAUAUGAAUUGUUGGGAUUUUUUUUUCCCCCCAAAGCCUGCAUAUCGUUAUCAUUGGUGGGCUCCUCAUAAAUAAAUAAAUAUAUGUUCUGUUCAGAGAUGUUUUUUGAGAAAGUUACAACAGGUGACCUGUGGCAAAUCCUUUGCUCUUUCUCCUGCUGCCUCAGCCAUUGUUCUGGAAGCUUUCCUUCAAUGUGGGUCUGUUUUUCCUUAAUCCUUAACACAGUUGGGAUUAUUUUCUGGUUUACCCAUGAUAUCAAAAAAACAUAACUAAAGGUUUGUUGUUUUUUUUAAGGCAGAGCUACUGACUGUUUCCACGCUGGUGACUCUCAGCCUGUCCAGUCAGGGUAAGCCUGUGAAAAAAAAACAACCAAUUUUCAAAGCAGAAUGCAAAAAAACCCAAAACCCACAGGACUAAAAAUCGAUUGUUAGAUAAAACCAAACUUAAGUGCAAAAUAUACAAAACCUGUCACCUAUAGCAGCAGCCUUAUCCGAGGUGGGAUGCUACAAGCCCCCAAAUGACCCCAUUCCUCAUCAUAUCCAUGGCACAAUAAUCCUCACCAGGCAUAACUUGGCUUAUUCUUUUAGAUCUUCAUUGUUAGAGGGUGGGAUUUGGCCGCUGCUGAGUGGAUUUGGGUUGUACCAACAGCUUGUUUCUGACCCUGUGGUCCGGGAGCUUUGAGGGAGGUGAAAUC